ACCUUCACCAAGUUCACCCGCUCGUGACACUCGGACUCUCGCGCUCAGCGCGGAAUAACGGACAGAGCUUCCUCUGAUCGGUUCUUCUCCGUCUGUCAGAUCAUUCCCGCGGCGCAGGCAGCGAAGCACGGACGCGGAUCCGCCGAGGGACGGUGUUGUUGUCGUUACCGGGGAAAGGACGCGCUUGGAAACGGCGGUGGUCCGUGAAUGGAUGCAUCAUGUCUUCGUUUGUGUGCCGCGUUCAGUUUCUCGACGACACCGAUCCGUUCAACAGCACCAAUUUCCCGGAACCGACCCGAGCUCCUCUCUACUCGUUCAGAGAAGAUAUCCCUCUGAUCAACCAGAUCGCGGGGGUCCACAGGCUCCUGAAGGCUCCUCACAAGCUGGAUGACUGCGCUCUGCAGCUCUCUCACACCGGUGUGUAUCUGGAUCUGGAGUCGACGCUGGACGAGCAGAGAGAUGAGCUCGAGGGAUUUCAGCCGGACGACUGCGCAGGGAGGGGAAAGAAGCACAGUGUGAUUUUACGCACUCAGCUGAGCGUCCGUGUUCACGCGUGUAUCGAGAAGCUGUAUAACUCCAAUGGCCGUGACCUGAGGAGGGCGUUGUUUUCCCUCAAGCAGAUAUUCCAGGACGAUAAGGACCUGGUUCAUGAGUUCGUUAUGGCUGAAGGUUUGACGUGUUUAAUUAAAGUCGGCGCUGAAGCGGAUCAGAACUACCAGAACUACAUCCUCAGAGCUCUGGGUCAGAUCAUGCUGUAUGUGGACGGCAUGAACGGGGUCAUAGGUCACACCGAGACCAUCCAGUGGCUCUACCUGCUCAUCGGCUCAAAGUUUCGUCUGGUGGUCAAGACGUCUCUGAAGCUGCUGCUGGUGUUUGUCGAGUAUUCAGAGUCCAACGCACCGCUGCUCAUCCAAGCCAUCAACACCGUCGACUCUAAGAGAGGCUGUAAGCAGUGGUCAAACGCCAUGGAGAUUUUAGCAGAGAAGGAUGGUGUGGACACAGAGCUGCUGGUUUAUGUGAUGACGCUUAUUAACAAGACGCUGGCGGCGCUGCCCGAUCAGGACUCGUUCUAUGAUAUGGUGGAUGUUCUGGAGGAGCAGGGCAUGGAGAGCGUGUGUGGGCGUUAUCUGGGCCGGAAGGGAACGGAUCUGGAUCUGCUGGAGCAGCUCGGCGUCUACGAGGCCACUCUGGGGCACGAGGACGGCGAUGACGCUCUGCCUCCGUCCUCCGCUCGCCGGGACAGACGCUGCUCCAGCGAGGGGCGGGGCUUGCAGAGACGCCGCAGCCGCAGGCAUUCAUUGGGCAGAUCAGGCCACGCCUCCCCGCUCAGCCCCGCCUCCCCUCACCGCGCAAACUUCCAGCCGUUUAACGGACAGGAGCUCAACGAGAGAGCUCGUGUGAUGCAUGAAUGUCUCCCGGUGAUAGAGGAGGAUGAGGAGGAAACUCCUGUCACUGAGUCUGCUUCAGAUGAUGAUGAUGAUGAUGAUAAUCUCAGUAUGGUCAGCACAUCAGAGCACAGCAGCAAACUCACACCUGAAGAGGAGGUGGAGCCGAGGGAGGCCCCGCCCCCUCCUGACUCCGCCCAGCCAUCGCUCCUGGCCAAUCUGCUGGCACGGCGCCGGUCGUCCGUCAGCGUCCCGCCGUCCAAUGAGAUCAGCCCUCCGCUGCGAGGCUCCGCCCACCUGCCGUACCUGCCCCACUCGCCCUUCUUCCUGUUCUCCUACGAUCUGGAGGAGCAGGAGGAGACAGUGCCUCAGAAGAGCAGCAGGUCGUUCUCUGCUGUAAGUUCUUCAUCCACAGCAGACAAACAGCACAAUGACCGGCCUGCUCUGGGCGGCCUGCUGUCGUCGUCGUACCGGCAGCAUCAGGAGUCUCUGGCGGCGGAGAGAGAGAGACGCCGGCUGGAGCGAGAGGAGCGACUGCAGCGCAUCGAGAGAGAGGAGCGCAACCGACACAGUCGGGACUAUGUGUCCAACAUGGAGGAGGCCAGACACGCUCGAGAGGAGAGGUUUCGGACGGCCGAGCGACUGGCGGACGAGGAGUUUGAGCGAGAGCGAAUGCAUUCUGCGCCUCGAGGUCUCAGCCUCACUCUGAGCCCGACGGACACCUGUCAAUCAUCCCACAGUGCCACGCCCUCCUCUGUGACAUCACAGGACGAGCAGGACACGCCCAUCACGUCGUACCCGCCUUCUGAACCAGACACCAAUGAUCUAGAACCGGACGUGGAGGCCAGUCUAGAACCCGAGGAGAAGGACGUAGAACCCAGAGAGGAACAGGAAGAGGAAGUGGAGGAGAUAAGUGCUGAACAGGAAGUGGGCGGAGCUGAGGAGCAGGCGGAAGAGGAAGAGGAGGGGUCUGAACGGGAAGCGCCGGAUGGAGAGGCGGAGGACAGCGGGAUCUUAAGUGAUAAAGAACGACAGAACGAAGAAGUGAACGAGAAGGAUAACUGCUCCGCCUCCAGUAUAUCCUCAGCCAGCAGCACACUAGAAAGGGAAGAUCGACUCACUGCAGGCGGAGCGGAGACGGGUCAGUGGCCUCAGAGCGUCAGAGACGUGAAUGAACAACGAAACAAGAUCCUCGACAGCAAGCUCUUCAUGCUGGACAUGCUCUACUCGCAGAGCAAGAAACCCUCGGAGGAAGAAGAGGACGAAGACGAGCUGGCCGAGGACAAAGAGCGAGACGCAAAAGAAAAGGCCGAGGAUUCGUCACAGGACGCGACGCCUCUGGAAGAGAACGAUGCUGGGAAUGAAGAAGACAAGAAAGUCGCGAACCAGAGCAACGUGCGAGCGUUUGCCGAGCGCUUCGGAGACAUCGUGAAGGGUCUCACCUCUCCACCAAUAGAAACGCAGGAACCUCCUCCUCCGCCACCAGCUCCGAAGAAGGAGUCGGACUGCAUCUGGGACCAGCUGAUGGCGAGUCCGCGGGAUCUGCGCAUCGGCGACAUCGACUUCACCGAUCUGGGAGACGAGGAUGACGAGGAUGUCCUGGACUCUGGGAGUUUAUACAGCUCCGGCGAUCUGCUGGCUCCGCCCCCUCCGCCACCGCCCUGCCCCUUUAACCUCCCGCCCCCACCCCCUAUGUUCGGCUGUCCUCCGCCCCCUCCCAUGUUCAGCAUCCGUGUGCCUCCGCCCCCUCCCUGCUUCUCCAGCCAGGCUCCGCCCCCUCCUCAGCAGCAGUCGGAGCAAGCGCCACUCUUCCAAAAGAGGAAGAAGACCAUUCGCUUGUUCUGGAGUGAAGUCCGGCCCGCCGACUCGAUCUACCGCAACCACAAACGCAGCCAAGAGUCGCUCUGGUCCAGACUUGAACCUGUCAAGCUUGACACGGCUAAACUUGAACACCUGUUUGAGAGCAAAUCUAAAGAGAUGCCCGUGACUAAGAAAACGGCAGCGGAUGGCAAGCGGCAGGAGAUCAUCAUUCUGGACUCCAAACGCAGCAACUCCAUCAACAUCGGUCUGACGGUUCUUCCCCCACCGCGCACCAUUAAAACUGCCAUAUUGAACUUUGAUGAGUACGCGCUCAACAAAGAGGGCAUUGAGAAAAUCCUGACGAUGAUUCCCACAGAGGAAGAGACGCAGAAGAUCCAGGAAGCUCAGCUGGCGAAUCCUGACAUUCCGCUGGGCAGCGCAGAGCAGUUCCUGCUGACACUGUCCUCCAUCAGCGAGCUCUCAGCACGCCUGCAGCUCUGGGCCUUCAAACUCGACUAUGAAGCCAGCGAGAAGGAAGUGGCCGAGCCGCUACAGGACCUGAAGGAGGGCAUGGAUCAGCUGGAGAAGAACAGAACGCUGCGCUUCAUCUUAUCGACUCUGCUGGCGAUUGGAAACUUCCUAAACGGCUCCAGCGCCAAAGGCUUCGAUCUGACGUAUCUGGAGAAGGUUCCUGAGGUGAAGGACACGGUUCAUAAGCAGUCGCUCCUGCAUCACGUCUGCAGCAACGUGGUGGAGAACUUCCCCGACGGCACAGACCUGUACUCUGAGAUCGGCGCCAUCACACGUUCCGCUAAAGUGGACUUCGACCAGCUGCAGGAGACUCUGACUCAGAUGGAGUGGCGCUGCAAAGCAUCAUGGGAUCACCUGAAAGUCAUCGCAAAGCACGAGAUGAAGCCGGUGCUGAAGCAGAAAAUGUCGGACUUCCUGAAGGACUGUGCCGAGAGAAUCAUCAUCCUCAAAACUGUCCACCGCAGGAUUAUAAACAGGUUUCACUCGUUUCUGCUGUUCCUGGGUCACCCGGCGUACAGCGUUCGAGAGAUCAGCGUGACUCGGUUCAGUAAAAUCCUCAGCGAGUUCGCUCUGGAGUACCGCACCACUCGCGAGCGCGUCCUCCAGCAGAAACAGAAGCGCGCCGAUCACAGAGAGAGAAACAAGACGCGAGGAAAGAUGAUCACAGACCUCAACACACAGACGGAUGAUGAAGAGGACAGUGAGGCAGGUCGUGUGUGUGUGAGCAGCAGCAGCAGCGCUCCUCCCGUGGAGCCGCAGAUGGAGCCGCAGAGUUUGUGUCACGCUGAAGACGCAGCCGAACACGAGCAGAUGAAGGCCGUGCUGAAGAGCAGCCUGCAGAGAGGAGACAACGACAGCCCCGGAGCGACGGGCCUCAGGACGCGCACACGCACACGUGCCAACAGAGGCCGCACCGCAUGGGCCGCAGCGAAUGAAGAGUCUCAGUGCACGACGGACGACGCUGCAGAUGAGAUCAUGGAGAGAAUCGUACGAUCAGCCACUCAGAGUCCCAGAGAGCGAGCGCAACCCCGCGAGCGACGCCGCUCACGCGCCAACCGCAAGUCACUGAGGAGGACUCUGAAGGGCGGUCUGACCGCAGAAGAAGCUCAAGCGCUGGGAUUGGACACGUCAGAGAUGCCAGUGUAAUGGGACGUCCCGUCCAAAACACACUGACGCUGUUGCCUUCAGCAGAACUCAUCUCAAGACAACAGAAAAUCCAAGACACCACAGUAAAAACAUGGUUUAAUAAUGAAACGGCUGCAGAAUCUUUCACUGGUCAUAUAUACAACAAAGCCCCGCCUCCACACUGUGUGUUUGAUUCUAAGCCACACCCCCUCAUUACAUACACGCCUCACCAGCCAUUCACAGGCCGUCACUGUGAUGAUGUAAAAUCCCUUUACAGUUUUGUUUAAUGAAAGGUAAGAAUAAGAUGUUUUUACCCCGACUGAACACUAACUCAGGGUUUGACUGUCGUUUCAAUUGAAUUAUUUCUAUUUAUAACUUUCAAAAUUAGAGUAACGGUGAAACGGUGGCUUUAAAUGUCUUGAUUCACUUUAUGUUUGCGUCGGUCAGAUCAGUGAAACUGUGGUCUGAUACUUUGGAUUAUUUAUUGUUAAAUGUACAAUAUGAAGGGACAACUUUCACCAGAUAUUAAAUGUGUGUAUUUUUUUUAAAUCCUACAAUCCUAGAUGUGGUUUUCAGACAGUAAAACACCUUUUAAACAUGCACAGACUCUUCUUUUUGUGCAGUUCAGUUUUCUAUCUUUAACCCUCAUAAUGCAUUCAGGUCUGUUUUGACCCAGAAGAAAUGCAGAAAUUUUAUUAAACAAUGCAUAGUUUUUAGUACGGGACCAAACUUUGCAGAUGCUCUAAGAUCCUCAAAAUACACAUUGUUUAUUUUUUUCAGAUUUUUUACAGUUAUUCUUUCAGAGAUAUAACGUGUUUCGUGCUUGGGUCAUUUUUGACCCGGGUUUGUAUGGAGCACCAUUAGUGUCACAAAUACCUUCUGUAAAAUAAUCUAUGAAGUUAUAUUAGUGUCAAAAACAUUUGUAAAAUAUUUUUAACCUUUUCCCCAUAUCUCAGAUACUUCUGGACUGAAUUUUGUUGAUGCACAUGAAUAUGUGCAACUAUUGAUGAACCACUGCAGCAUGAAAAACUGACCAUUUAAAAUUUCAAUAUGAAAUUGAAAGUUUAUGCAAGUAAAAUGAAUUUAUUUUAUUAGAAAAAUUCUCAGAGUAAUAUUUAUGUUUUGAUAGUAAUAAAUAUGUCGGUUUUCAUACAUUUGGGCUAUUCACAAGAUAUAAAUUCAAAGGAAUUUAAUUAAACUCUGUUCAUUCCAAAGGGGUUAAUACUGGUAAUUCACAGAUUAUAUUUUUUUAUAAAUUUCAUACAAUUAUAUUUUCCAAUAAAAUAUCUCAUCAAUAUUGAAAAAAUACAUAUACAUAUUUUGCAUCUUAGAUUUUUUGGUCUGGUCCAUGUGUAAUUUAAAAUGACAAAGAAUUUCUUAAUUUUUAAAUUAAUAAUAAAGGGUUAAAUGCUGUAAUAACAUGGGAACAUUCAAAACUUAGAAUUUUUCCGCAUUCAUGAGAAAUUGCUGAUGAGAUACAAUAUGGUUUAAAUUAGUUAAAAAUAUUAAGGUAUGAAUAUACGGUAUGAAAAUAAUGAUUCUUCAUGUCCAAAUGGGCCCAGAAUAUGACAAUAGUAUCAGAUUUUGAAUGCAUUGUGAGGGUUAAAUGACCUGGUUCUUGUUUUGGUCCUCUGGUUUCUAUAAGCAUCUUUUGUUUGAUUUGUGAGUGUUUUAUAGCAGAUUUCGAUGUGCCUUUGACACAGAAGGAACUACAGUAACUCGCUCAUUCAUGUUUCUGAGAUCUUCAACAGAAACCCAGAGGCCUUUAAGAUACUCGUACAUUUAUUUUCUAUCUGUCAUCAUCCUCCAGGGUCAUCUGAGAGUUUUGUGUCGGUUCAUGCUGUCAUGAGAACCAUCAUGUUGCACCUUAACGUCCAUUAUUAUUAUAAGGGAAAACAAGACUUUAUAAGAUUUGUAUGAGCUCUACAUCAGAUGCAUUCUGUCUCCAAAAAUUAUUCUAAAUGUACAAAAUGGUGAAAGUAUUUUUGACGAUGAACGAGACUGUAAAUGUUAAUGCCCUUUUGUUUUCUUUUGUAAUUUCUGUAGAUUGUUUUUUCUGUACAUGCUAAUUUAAGGAAGACAACUGAAGCCAUAAGCGCCACGCUCAGCGUUUCUCUCGCCAGCAGCAAAACUAGUUUACAGUGUUUGAACAGAGAAUUGUGUUUGGUUUUACUUGCCUUUUAUUUCAGAACAAUGAACUUGCAUGAUCCACUCGUCUGUUUUUACCUGCUGAAACAUCAGUAAUGUUAGUUCGUUUCUUGAGCACAUGGAAUCUGAACUCAUUUUGCAGAAUUGAAGGCCUUGUACUGUAAUAUUUUCACUUUGAUCUGCAUGCGUCACACCCUGCAAUAAAAACCCUUUCUGAAAUAA